AAGUUGUGACGUGUGAAAUAAUGAAACAGAGUUUUGUGUUGAGUGAACCUUUAAAAAGUUACAUUUUAUGAUCAUUUAAAGUGCAUUAUUCAUAUAUAGAUACGAAACGGCGUUCUUCAUAUGUAUGAACGUAUAUCUUUUAAACAAUUUAUCAUUAUUCAUCUUUAUCAUUACCCUCCAAGACCCUAGCUCCUUCUGCAACUUCCUUGAUCAGAAAUGGCGACGUUUCCAUUGAUUCAGCGUGCGCGUACAACAAUGCUUUCUUCCUCCUUCAAGCUUCGGACACACCUUAUCCAUGGCAACCACUACACCCAAACCCUAACCACUAAAUUUCUAAGCACCUCUGCUCUUCCACACCACUAUCAAAGAUUCCCUUCCCACCAAAACCAACAACAAUCACCUUCUGAUCCUCCACACUUUCAGCCUCAACAAUGGCAGCAACAUCAGUCUCAACAUUUCAAUCCACAGACCAAUCAAUUUCUUCACCAUAACCAUCAACCUCGUCAACAUAAUGUGCCUCCUCCAUUUCCAGAACAUGGCCAAAACCAUAAUCAGUGGAAUCCUCAAUCCCCAACCCGUCAAAGCCCUAAUUUUCAAACUCCCACUUCUCAAAAUCCUAACUUACGCCCAUCCACUUCCCCCAAUCGAGGGAACAGUCAAAACCCUGCUACCCCGAAUCCCUGGAGCCCUAGUACUCAGGGUUUCCCAAACCCUAACCAAUUCCGAAACCCUAGUAACCAGCUGAACAACAAUCAAACAUCUAUUCAAGGACAAGCCUCCCCUGCUCCUCCACCGCCACCUCCUUCAAUCACUGAUUUGGCACUUUUGUGCACGGAGGGUAAUGUUAAAGAAGCAAUAGAGUUGAUGGACAAAGGGGUCAAAGCUGAUGCUGGUUGCUUCAAUCUUCUGUUUGACUUGUGUGGCCAAUCCAAGUCCCUUGAAGAUGCUAAAAAGGCCCAUGACCACUUUCUGCAGUCUUCUUUUAGGAGUGAUCUCAUGCUCAACAACAAGGUGAUUGAAAUGUAUGGGAAUUGUAAAAGCAUGACGGAUGCACGUAGGGUGUUCGAUCAUAUGCCCAACAGGAAUAUGGAUUCUUGGCUCUUGAUGAUGCGGGGUUACGCAAAUAACACCAAUGGGGAUGAUGCCUUGCAGCUGUUUGAGCAGAUGAAUGAAUUGGGUUUGGAGAUUACUUCAGAGACUUUCCUUGCUGUGUUGUCAGCUUGUGCAAGUGCAGAGGCUGUGGAGGAUGCUUACGUACAUUUUGAGUCAAUGAAAAGCAAGUAUGGAAUAGAGCCUGGGGUGGAGCACUACAUGGGGCUUUUGGAUGUUUUGGGACAAUCUGCAUAUCUCAAUGAAGCUGAGGAGUUUAUUGCCAAAUUGCCAUUUGAGCCUACUGUAAACGUAUGGGAGAAACUGAAGCAUUAUGCUCGGGUUCAUGGAGAUGUUGAUCUUGAAGACUAUGCUGAAGAGUUGAUGGUUAGUCUUGACCCAUCAAAGGCUGCUGUGAAUAAGAUCCCCACGCCACCUCCGAAGAAGUAUACUGCAAUUAGCAUGCUUGAUGGAAGGAACAGAAUUAUUGAAUAUAAGAAUCCUACUCUUUACAAGGAUGAUGAAAAGUUGAAGGCCUUGAGUGGGAUGAAAGAUGCGGGAUAUGUUCCUGAUACAAGAUAUGUUCUUCAUGACAUUGAUCAAGAAGCAAAGGAGCAAGCCUUGCUCUACCACAGUGAACGUCUAGCAAUUGCCUAUGGCCUUAUUAGUACUCCACCAAGAACACCUCUUAGAAUCAUCAAGAACCUUCGUGUCUGUGGUGACUGCCACAAUGCCAUCAAGAUUAUGUCUAGGAUUGUUGGGAGGGAAUUAAUUGUUAGAGAUAACAAAAGGUUUCAUCAUUUCAAGGAUGGAAAAUGCUCUUGUGGGGAUUACUGGUGAAAUAUACCGGAAAAUAGAUGUGCGCCGCCCAAGCUUUAAAUACUACUAGGAUGGAACAUGAAAUAUGUAAUAUGCAUUGAUUUAGAAUGUGUUGUUUCUUGCUCUGAAAUUCACUUAAUUAUUCUCUCUCUACGUAAGAUUUUCUGUGAAUGUAUUGAUCAACAUCAAAGGCAACUUGCUGCUCUUCUGGUGUCAAAGGUAUCUGUGAUAAUGAAAGAGGUUCAGUAGCAAAAGGAAAUUCAGAUCAAAAUGUUAAGUCUUCUUGAAAGAGGAGGAACGAGGAUGACUAUGAUAACGAGGACCAAGAGAAUGGCCAUGACAAUGAGUACUCAUCAUGUCAUAAGAAAGCUCGAGUUGUUUGGACUGUGGAACUUCACAAGUUUGUUUCUGUUGUUAAUCAAAUAGGCUUUAAAAGUAUGCUCUUUAAUUUAUCUCUUACUCCAAAUCGUCUUUAUCUCAUUUCCCAGAGCAAAUUACACUAGCACCACUCGUUUUGGAA